UGAAAGCACCAGCAGUGAUUUCACCAGCUCUAAAAUCUUUGAACACGACACACACACAGACUAAAAACAACCCAGCAGAAUUUCAAAGGUGAUAUUUAUUUUUUUAUUUUUACCUUUAUUGCGUAAAGGAAGCAAAAUAUAUCUUUCAGAGCAUCAAUAGCACCAUUACUCAGAGCUGAAGUAAGUCAUGGUUCACGGGAAGGAGUCGGCCAAGGAGACGCUGCUGCCUUCUGUGCUGGAAGAUGAUGACGCAGAAAUACAAACUGAGAAGCUGCAGUUGUGGGAGCAAAGAGUGAGCCGGACAGAGGUUGGCGUGCGUGGGCUAAAGGACCAGCGUUUGAGCCCUGAUGGGAACGUGCUGGAUGGGGGUGAAAGAGAGUGUGAGGUGGAGGAGGAGAAUGAAGAGGAGCGUGUGAUCUCUGAUGAGGACUACGACACAGAUUUGGAGAGCGAAGAUAAGGAGGAGGGAUAUGACCCCACGGGGCAGACAACCUACAUGGAGGCGUGUGAAGCUUUACAGGUGCCGCCUGUCUCGUCCUUCCUGCAGCACAUGCAGAAGAGCGAGCUGAACAUGGCGCACAGUGGACUGGGGCCUCAGGGCACCAAAGCUCUGGCGGUUCCCUUGGUAACCAACACUUCAGUACUGAGGCUGAACCUGCGAGAUAAUUGGAUGGAAGGAAUAGGCGGAGCUGCUAUCGCCGAGAUGUUAAAGGAAAAUUGUUACAUUACAGAAUUGGACCUUUCUGACAACAAACUUGGGGAUUAUGGGGUAAGAGCCAUUGCUGUUAUGCUGAAAGAGAACAGCACCCUCAUGAGCCUUAAUCUAUCAGGAAACCAUGUCACAGACCGGUCCGCUGAACACCUUGGUCCAGCACUGAUCACCAACAUAAAGCUGCAGCACCUCGACCUCAGCUACAACGCUCUGGGAGAUCAUGCAGGGCAAAUCCUGGGUGACUGUCUGUCAGAAAACACCGGAUUAAGAUCAUUAAGUCUGGCCUGGAACUGCAUUCGAGGAAGAGGAGCUGUGCUGCUGGCCAAUGGCCUUGGGGGAAACAUUUUCCUUAGAAGCGUGGAUCUGUCGUUUAAUGGGUUCGGUAAAGAAGGAGCCGUUGCUUUAGGACAGGCUCUGAAAGAAAACAGUGUUUUAGAGGAGCUGAAUGUGAGUAACAACCGAAUACCCCCUGAAGGAGCUAUGCGACUAGCCAUGGGCCUCAAAGCAAACAAGACAAUCAAAUCCCUGAAUAUGGGUAGGAACCCAAUCCAGAGUGCUGGGUGCUAUGGGAUCCUCAAGUCUGUACAGGAAAACCCAGAUUCAGCCAUGGAGACACUAGACUUUUGGGACAUCACAGUGAACCAGGAUUUUGAAGACUUGUAUGCUGCGGUGAAAGAAAUAUUUCCUUCGCUUACAGUAAAUCAUGGGGAGAAAUUUGGCACAUUCAGAAAAGCAAAAGCCUGAAACGUGUUUUUAAGUUGUGUGCAAAAAGAAGAGUAAAUGAUGGAAAUGCUAGGAAAGAUGCAAAUAGUCUUGUCAAAGCCCCGUGGACAUUUCUAACGAUAGAUGAAUGAAAGGAGUGAUGUGAUGGGAUGCGAGGAUGUAACUACAAAAAGAAGUAAUUUUGGUAAAAUGAGCCAUUAGAGAAUAUUCCUGCGUGAAAUGGUUUUAUAUCAAAUAAAUCUUGUUAAAUACCCAAUCAAGUGAAAAUUAAGAUGAUUCAGAAGUGCUUUGUUCAUUUACCAAAAGAAAUAGCAUAUACACCACGUGUGCAGGCUUAAAUAUGGUGUUGAUAAAGCCAUUUAGCGCAGGCACAAGACAGGUAUUCUUUUUAGGUAUGAUCUGAUUUGAUGUUAUAUAAUGCCAGUGGGUAGAAUGAUAGAGAGGAUCAGAGAGCAGCGCAUUGUGUAUGAAAAGAAGUGAAAGUGGGUUGCACAAAAAGGAUUUAAGUACUGCAUGACUCGUCUAAUAGAGCGACCAGCUUUGAAAGAACAGUCCACUAUUAGAUAAGAGACCUGUUUACUGCAGCAGGACAACUCAAACAGUGUUACUGAUACAGUAAGCUGUCAUUUGGAGACGUGUCCUUCCCACACAGACUCACAAUAAAAUCAUUGUAUCAAUAGUAAAAUUGUAUUCAACAAAUGAAAUGUGCCUGUGUGUUUGUUAGAUUGUAUAUAGUUUGGCUUGUUUGGCUUUUAAUCUUUAAAUGUAGGCAUUGAAAGUGUAGCAAAACAUUUAUGAAAAGAAGGUUUAUGAAAUGUUGACGUACAUGAUUUUCUUUUUCUUUAUAUACUUUUUGAAAACUUCAUUGCUCAUAGGAAGGAAACUUUAUCUUUUCUCCUUUGCAAGGAAAUCCUUGAAGAUUUUUAGGCCUACCUAAGUAUUUUAGUUUUUG